AUGAUGCCUCACGUCGAGAAACACGUCCAGAGCAACUCAAUGGCUGCUACUAGUAGCAUAAGUAGUAGUAUGACUACAAGUCCUAUCACUCAAUCUAUUGAUUCACCUGGUCUUUCGUUAUGGGAAACUCAAGGUGCACACCAUUCAAUUAUGUUGCCAUAUAUUCGUGAUCAUGCUGAAGAGAUGAUAACGCGUCUACAACACGAGAAUCCACGUAAUUAUUACGUUGCAUUGAAACAAGUACAUGAUGUGUGUCUCUAUAAGCGUAUAAAGUCUACAGAAAUGCUUCCUGCUACUUCCAAAGCUUCACCAUCGUCAUCACUUUUAUCUAAGCGUGGUGUUAGUAUUACACAAGAUUCCAUGGAUAUAACGAAUGAUUUUGAAUUUCGAGGUAUUACACGUGUUCCUGGUUCUAUUGAUACAGUAUUGAAUGUCUUGGCUAGUGAAACAGCACGAGAGAAUUACUGGGUUGCAUUGAAUACGAUGAAAGAGAUUCAAACUGCAGCAUUAUUAUCCAGUGCACGACUUUAUUCUCCAUUUCAAUCAACAUCAAUUACAUCAAAUACAGAAGUUGAUUCUACUGCAUUUCCACGCUGGAGUCGGAAGUUUUUAGCUGCAAAAUUCUUGAAACGGAAUGACCAAGUGCUUGACUGUUGCUACGCUGAAUAUGCUACGAAAUACACGGAAACUAACAAUGAAGGAAAUGACAGACAACAUGGAAUUGUAUAUCGACGAUCUAUUUCUGAAGGUGCAUUGAUUAAUACAUCAAGCAUAUCAGCUGAGAGAUUAAACAAGGCAAAAGUUCCAGGAGCUACAAGAAUUUUUAUUCGAAAUUGGUUACUUGAUGUUGUUGAGACGCAAGAGCCGAUGAUAUGCAAGUUGAUACUUACGUGUACAGUCUUCGUGCCCUCCAAUUCAGGACAUGGAACGGUCGUAUUGGAAUCCGAUUUUCGAGAAUUCUGUACCCAAAUACUCGUAGGUACACGUCGCGCUUUGACUAAUCAAUGGAUUAAUCACGCUGCUCUUACUGGGAUACGAUCGUCAUUAUCAUGGCGACGAGAAUCUCGAUGUUGUAUAGUAUGUUCAACUCAAUUUUCUCUAUUACGAAAGCGUUAUACGUGUCGUUCGUGUGGAUGUAGUGUCUGUUUUAAAUGCUGUUCAAAAAAUUUCUCGUCCAAUUUUGGUAGCACAAUGGUGUCCGGAGCGAGACUACAACAACGAGGAAAACUCAAGCACGAGUGUCUUCUCUGUAUUCAAUUUGGUCCAACUAGCGACUCCAUCUCGUCAAGCGUCGGAUAUACAAGUUCAAGAGGACGCCAUCUCAUGACUUCACCAGCUACAAUUUCUACAUCCGAAUCUCGAGAUUAUCCAAUUUCAUCGCGAGGAAGAGAACACAUGAAUAUUGAACAAGAAGAUUUGGAUCAAGCACAUCCAGAUCUUGAGCUGUACUCCACUACGUCUGUCACUGGCUCAUGUAGUCAGCGAAGUGUAGGGAGUAGAUGCCAACGCAGCAUUAGUAGUCAAGAUGAUGACGACGAGUUGGACAGAGACACUGGAUCACUUCCACCUCGAACGAACAUGUGGAUUCGAACAAAAAAACCCAAGAUAGUAUCGGAUCAAAAAACUACAAGUAGUUCUGGUAUCUUUCUAUUGUCAGAAUUGGAUAAGUGGACGCUAUCAAGUAAUGGGAAUCGAAUGUCUGGAAGUUUUUCGUCGUCGUAUUCACAAGGAAAUGCACCAACACGAUUGCAAGCCAAGUCUGCAGCUCCACAUCCCACUGCUUUACAUCCACAAAAAUUACAGCAUCGAAAUGAUCGGGCAGCGUCUGAAAAUAGUGUGCUUUUGAUAUCUCACUGGCCUCGUAAUGGCUCAAGAAAAGGACCACAAGAAAGCAGCUACAGUACAGAAGAUGAUGAAGAUGUUUACUCAGAAGAUGAUUUGGCCAAUUUCAAUCUGAAGCUGUUGUAG